AUGGAAGAGCAAAUUUUAAUUAAGAAGAGAAGCCACAUAAAGGCCAAAUUAACCAGGUUCAUUAACUUUCUAAACGAAUGUAGCAACAAUAAAGAAAAAAAGCAAGAAACAGCAACGCGAUUAGGAAAUAUUGAAACAUUAUGGAGGGAAUUUGACGCUGUGCAAACAGAAUUAGAGGAUAAUAAAGAGACGGAGCUUCAGAGUGGAGAACGUGACUCUUUUGAAAACAAAUUUUAUCAAGCCGUUACUAGAGCAAAAAAUAUAAUCUCCGCGUCACGGAUAGAUAUUGCGCAACCGGAACAAAGAAUUGCAAAUCAGCCUAUUAACAUAAUACAACCAACUAAAAUGCGCUUGCCUACCAUCGACAUCUCCAAAUUCGCUGGCGGAUGGGAAAAAUGGCUGCCAUUUCGCGAUACGUUUAUCUCUAUGGUGCAUGAGAAUGCAAUGCUUUCUGCAAUUGAUAAAUUGCAUUAUCUGAGAUGGUCAUUAAUUGGGGAUGCAUAUAAACUCGUAGAGUCAUUAGAAGUAUCAGGUAAUAACUACCAAAUAGCAUGGGAUAUUAUCAACAAAAGAUACAAGGGCAAUAAAACAAUCAUUCAACAUCACGUACAAGCCAUAAUUAAUUUUCCAUCUCUCACAAAAGAGUCACAUUCUUCGCUUAGGCAAUUAGUUGAUGCCAUACAACAGCAUAUACGCACUUUAAAACGUUUGGAACAACCAACAGAAACCUGGGACACUCUCCUUAUACAGCUCCUUAUUCCGAAAGUAGAUAACAAUACAAGAAGGGAGUGGGAAUCAGAGAGAGCGGACAAGGAAGCGCUCCCCACCAUGAAGGAAUUUAUUACAUUUUUGGAAACCAGAUGUUCUUUCUUGGAGGCAUUAACGCGUACUAAUUCGUUAAGUAUAUCAAAAAAUGUACAAGGACAUUCGAAACAGCAGGCACCUAAGCACAUUAGUCCGGUACAAGCUCAUGCUGGUAUAGAAACAACAACGUGUCCAGUAUGUCAAAACAGCCACAAAAUAUUUGAAUGCUUGAUAUUUCGCAAUAUGUCAGCACAAGCUCGCCUUGAAAGGGUCAAGAGCAACAAACUAUGUUACAAUUGUUUAAAACAAUUUCACGGAAGAAAUUGUACUCACGGUUCUCGCAGACAGUGUGGCAAACGCCACAACACGUUGCUACACAUAGAGCAAGCUGCUGAUUCAAAUGUCACCUCAUCAAAAAAUGAAAAGGAUAGUAUAAGCAAGCAUAGCGUUCCAAAUUCAACGGAAUCGAAUAGUAACUGUGAUGUAGCUGACAAGAAUGUAGUUCAAAGCGCGAGUAACUCUUUAUCUGCGUAUCAUAUGAGAGGCUCACUUUUACGCGUUUUGUUGUCGACAGCCGUAGUUCACAUGCGCGAUCAAUCUGGAAAAUUACAUGAAUGUAGAGCCUUAUUAGACUCAGGAUCACAACCUAACUUUAUGUCACGGGAGUUGUGCGGGCGUCUGGGCUUGCCUUUACAGAGUACAGACAUCAAAAUUGAAGGAGUUAACGAUGCUACAUCCGCUUCUCAGCAUAAAACUACCGCUACGAUAUAUUCCAGGUUCAACAAAUAUCAAGAGAUAUUAUCAUUCUUAAUUCUGGACAAGGUCACUAACGCCAUGCCAGCAACGCAGAUAGAUGUCAACUAUUUCCAAAUUCCAUCAAAUAUCAAAUUGGCAGAUCCUGCUUUUCACCUACCUGGAAAAAUCGAUUUACUCCUGGGCUCAGAGCCGCAGUCCCAGCUACAAUGUCAUUUGGCACAACAAGAGGUACAAGAGCAACUGGAAAAAUUUUGGCGUCUUGAAGAGCUACACACGAAGAAACACUUAACCUCCGAAGAACAGAAAUGCGAGGAGCAAUUCAGCAGAACACACUCUCGCUCGAGCGACGGAAGAUUCAUAGUUCAACUCUCCUUGAAGGAUAAUUACACGCAACUAGGCAGUUCCUAUGACAAUGCCAAACGUCGACUAGGUACUAUGGAAAGAAAGCUAGCAAGGCAACCUGAAUUAAAAUUACAGUACGACGCAUUCAUGAAAGAAUAUUUAGAACUUGAUCACAUGAGACCUAUCUCGAGCUCAACUGACAACGUUUUGGAGACUAAAGGCAGCGGUGUAGCAUACUACCUACCGCAUCAUGCGGUCAUCAAGGUCGACAGUGAAACUACACGUCUACGAAUAGUCUUCGACGCAUCGGCGAAGACGAGCUCAGGGCUUUCCCUUAACGAUGUACAAAUGACAGGUCCUACAAUACAACAAGAUCUGUCAGAGUGCAGCAAGACCAGUGCAGAUUGCAACGCAUCUUAUGGCGAUUCAAGCCAGAAGAGGAAAUACAAACAUGAGCUCCAAACGGUCACUUAUGGAGAGGCUUGUUCUGCUUUUUUGGCCAUUCGCGCUCUUCAUCAGACGGCCCUAGACAUGCAGCAUAAAUUUCCAAGGGCCUCAGAAAUCAUCCUGCGUGAUUUUUAUGUGGAUGACCUAUUAACAGGAGACAACGACAUUAACAACUUAUUGCAAUUAAAAGAACAAAUAAUUACCGUACUGCAAACCGCCAAAUUUGAGCUCCAUAAAUGGAAGUCGAACCAUGUUGCACUAAUGGGCGUAGAGCAAAAUAAAACAGCGGUACAAUUGGGCGAAGGCACAAAAAUUCUCGGUCAGUUGUGGGAUAUCCAACAUGAUGUAUUCCGCUACACCGUAGGAACAUCCAGAGAACCGCAUAGGCCAACGAAAAGACAAAUAUUAUCCUGCAUCUCUCAAAUAUUUGAUCCUCUUGGCCUCUUGGGCCCUGUCAUCAUCAAGGCCAAGGUGAUAAUGCAGCAGCUAUGGCAAUUGCAAUUGAAUUGGGACGAGUCGCUGCCAGCUCAACUUUACACACAAUGGAGCCGAUGGUAUUCCAAAAUCUCACAGCUUAAUUACUUACAGAUACCUAGGCGCAUCCUAUGCAACGAGCCCAUGGAAGUAGAACUGCACGGAUUUUGUGACGCUUCCGAGCGAGCAUACGGUGCCUGCAUCUACGUCAGGAGCACCGAUCCAAUGCAACGUCAUCACGUCCAGUUACUCUGCGCUAAGUCACGCGUAGCACCACUAAAAACCAUAACGAUACCAAGACUGGAGCUUUGCGGAGCCUUGCUGCUGUCUCAGCUGUAUCAGCGGGCAAGCGAGUCGCUGAGUCUAUCCUUUAACCGCAUUCAUUUUUGGUGCGAUUCCACUAUAGCACUGUCCUGGAUCGCGGGAAAUUCGAGCAGAUGGUCCACGUUCAUCGCAAAUCGCACGGCAGAAAUCCAAAGGUUGUCAGCGAAAGGAGAAUGGCACCACGUACCCUCGGAAUUAAACCCGGCAGACAUACUCUCGCGAGGAAUUGAGCCAGACGAAAUUCGAGAUAACAACUUAUGGUGGAACGGACCGACCUUUCUUUACGAAGACUACAGCAAGAUGUUGGAUAACCCCCCCGAGAUAUCGCAAAUUGAAGAACUUCCCGAGGUGAGAAAACGCAUUGUCGCUUUAAGUGCUACAGCGGAAGAAAAAUUAAAUAUUAUAAACAGAUCCUCAUCUUUAAGAAGGCUCAGGCACACGGUUGCUUACUGUCUACGCUUCAUAUACAACGCUAGACAAAAUGCAAAGGGUCCCAAGGGUAAACGCGAAGGAUCCUUGCAGGUGGAAGAGCUUAAACAUAGUAUGCGAGUCCUUAUAGCUAUAGCACAGAAGGAAGAGUGCUCUGACGAAAUUCGUCAACUUUCGCAAAAUUUAAGGGUAUCCUCUAGCAGUAAAAUGUUGUCUCUUCAUCCAUUUUUGGAUUCUAGCGGGCUAUUGCAGAUUGGAGGACGAAUACAGGAAUCUCAAGUAGACUAUGAUCAGAAGCACCCUAUAAUUUUACCAAAGAAACAUCAUCUCACUCAUUUAAUUAUCAUGGAGGAGCACUUGAAGAACCUGCACGCGGGAGUGCAAUCCCUAUUGGCCAUUGCUCUUCAUUUAGAAAUCGUCACAGAUUUAAGUACAGCUGCAUUUUUAAACGCGUUGAAACGAUUCAUAGCGAGGUGCGGUAAAUGUUACAGCUUGUAUUCCGAUAACGGAACGAACUUUGUAGGAGCCAAUAACGCUUUAAAGGACAUGUAUCAAUUAGUAAAUGCAAGUGAUGUAAAAAUUCGCGACUACUUAGCAGAACAAUCCAUAAAAUGGAACUUUACCCCCCCGCAAUCGCCUCACAUGGGAGGUUUGUGGGAAUCGGCGGUCAAGGCCUGUAAAAAUCAUUUAACUAAAGUCGUUGGUUCUACUUCACUAACCUUUGAGGAACUAACUACCGUUACAGCACAAGUUGAGGCAAUAUUAAAUUCCAGACCUUUAACGCCUCUAUCAGCGGAUCCUAGCGAUCUUAAUGCCCUAACCCCAGGCCACUUUCUGAUAGGUCGUCCACUUGUUUCUAUUAGUGAGAUUGAUCUCACAGAUGUCAAUCUGCAACAGAGGAACAAGUGGAAGAAGGUUCACGACACAAUAAAGGAGGGUACCAUAGUAGUUUUGCGAGAGCUAAACACUCCUCCCAUGAAUUGGCGAUUGGGAAGGGUAGUAAAGGUACAUCAGGGCAAGGACGGUCUCAUUAGAGUCGUCAAUGUGAAAACAAGUACGGGCAUAUACCAAAGACCUUUGACUAAGAUUUGCAUGUUACCAAUAGAAGUUUAA